CUCAUUUCAGUGCAAGCGCGCGACGCGCCCUGGUUGACGUUGUGACUACGGAACGUGCGAACCGAAGUUAAGCCAUGAACAUCUCAGUGCAUCUCGCAGUCGUAGCCGCGGUGUGGCUGUGUCUCGCUGACGCCGCGCCCGACGUGCGGGUAGCACGGGCCAAGCAGCAGCGACCUACCCGCGGUUUCAAGAACGUAGAGAUGAUGACCGCCAGGGGGUUCGGGAAGCGCGACCGACCCACUACUAGGGCUGAACAGUACGAAUACGAGGCGCCAGCUCGAAGGAAGUUUAACCCUAAAUCUUCGCUCAUGGUGGCCCCAGACUUUGGCAAAAGGAGCGGUGAUGAUGAAGAGUAUGAAAUUAGAGUGACCAGAGGCACAUUCAGGCCGAGUUCAAAAUCCAAAAUUUUGAUCGCGAGGGGCUAUGGGAAACGCGAUGGGCCUCAGAGAGUGUACGGGCUGGACAACUUCUGGGAAAUGCUCGAAGCGUCGCCGGAGAGGGAGGGUCAAGAUGGCAACGACGAGAAGGCGCUGGAAAGUAUCCCCUUGGAUUGGUUCGUGAAUGAGAUGCUGAACAACCCCGACUUCACGAGGUCCGUCGUACGCAAGUUCGUUGACCUCAAUCAGGACGGCCAGCUGACAUCGGACGAGUUACUCAGAAACGUGGUCUAGGCUAUCACCGUUGUUUUUCUCAGCCAUUAUUUUGUACGCAUAAUUUAAUGUAAGAUAUACGUUUACCUAUUUAUAAGUUACAUUAUCUUUGGAAUUAUGGUACUGUGAUAUGAAAUAACACGGAAAAAGAUCGUUUGGAAAAUAUAAAAAAAAUGUUUAUACGAUUAGUUAAUUCAUUUAUUCUCAAUUGUUAAACGAUAAAUGUUGUAAAUAAUUUUAUUUACACGAUGAUGGCAGAUUCAAUUUGUCCACAAUACUCUUUCUAUUUCUUAGACUUAAUUCUAUAAUGUCCUUCAGAACUAGAUCCAUUACAUGAGUGAAGAUUGAAAAUCUGGAUAUUGUAAGAGAUACAAGACUAAAAAUGUAUUUUAAAUGUUAGUCAUCAUCUUGAUG